AUGGAAAAGCCGAUCAACCGCGCCUACGAAUAUUACAUUGUCGCGGGCAUCUCCACGACCAUCGUGGCCAUUUUUGUCAUCCUGCGGCUCUACGUUCGCUUCGUAGUGACACGAAAGCCGUGGUGGGAUGAUCCCGCCUACACGGGCGUGGUUAUCAAAGAGGGAACUGUUGGGCUCGGGACACAUGCGUGGGAUGUCAGUAUGGUAGACAUGUAUGGGACUCCCUCUGCCAUCCUCACCGCACCAGCCAUCUACUUCACUAAGCUCACCCUGUUACUGCUCUACCUCCGAAUCUUCUCGCUUAAUCGUCCCGUCAAGCUGGGCAUCUGGGCUGGAAUCAUCUUCUGCACCGUCUUCUACACCAUCGUCUUGUUCCUCUAUAUCUUUAUCAACGAAACUGGCCUCGUGAAGGUAACAUAUGCCGUUGCAGCUACCGGGGUUGUGUCAGAUGUGUACAUCAUCUGUCUGCCGUUAUUUGCCAUCGCGCAACUGCACCUCAGUCUCGCCAAGAAAUGGAAGGUGGCUGGCGUUUUCAUGACUGGUCUUUUAGCCGUCGUUAUGAGCUUUCUGGGCUGCAUUUACAGAUUUCAUUUGGAUAUUUCCGAUAGUACUUGGUCGUUGCUACCGAUCUAUAUUGUCAACACCGUGGAAGUGGACAUUGGUAUCAUCUGCACCUGUCUCCCUCUUCUGGCCGCCUUGUUCCAGAAUAAGAAGAAGGAGUCUUGGUGGCUCACCAGCUUUCGGUCCUUGCGUAGCCGGUUUCUUGUAUCAAGGGCGAGCUCGCACAGCUCACGGAGGACCGGCCAUAUCAAUCACCCUGCCUACGACGGCCCAAGUGAAUCAUCAUUAUUCGGUCAGUGUCGAAGAGUGACGGAGGCUGGGUCCGAGGACCAUAUCAAGUUGGUGCAGCCGAAAGCCACCCCAGAGACGGCGGCGGGGACAGGAACAGUGCUUCCUCCCGGUCAGCAUGGAAUUUGGCGGGAGACUUUGAUCGAACAACAGUGGAGUGGCAACCGAUAG